GAAAACUGUUACGAAAUCUAUGCAUUCGUUAGUUGGUAAUAAUAUAUCCGGAGUACAAUCUAGAAUCAAAGUAGAAGGAGGCAAGACUGGUCUUUCAAUAGUCAAAAGACCAGGCACAUUGACUACUGUUGCUCGUACCCAGACAAUAUCUAUACCAAAGCCGGUAUUAAAAUUUUCAACAGCACCAACAGGAACAGCCACGGUUAAAGCACAAAUACCAAAACCAAAAGUACAUGUUACAUCCGGUCAAACUAUGCCACCUAUGAAAAUAGAAGCAGAUGACUCUGUAAAAAGAAAAAGAGAAGAUGAUGAUUACGACGUUUCAUAACAGUAUAAUGUAGAUAUAAUAUUUAUAUUUCAUGGUUUACUCAUUAUAUGGUCACAAAAUAUUUGAUUUAGAUAAUAUCAAGAAGUACAUAUGUCAAUACAUCUCGAUCAUGUACGUUUAGGAAAUAAAAUUUUUUUAUUUUAUUAUCAAAAGAGAUAAAUGUAUCUCGUUUGAUUAAUAGAAUUCAAUACAAGAAACUAAUUUCAAAUAGUGAAAUUAGAACUUAGUGAUAUUAAAAUUUGUGUUUAUAGAAAUUUCUAAAAUCGCAUAGUCGUUCAUUGGAUUUUGCUUUAGUUACCUUAUAACGUUAUAAUCAUUUAUUAUCUUUUAUUUGAUUAUCAAAACGAAUAAAUACAAUCGUAUUAAUAACUUCAUAUUCCAAAGUGUUAGUAAACACGCGUUAAAAGUCAACCAUAAAGAGCAUUUUUAAUAAUAGCAUAAAGCCAUAAAAUUUGUCAUAUUGAGAUAAUUAUGUUCUUUGAAAUCAACAAUUUUUUUAAUUAAUUUACUCUAUUUUGUUACUAAAUUUGUGAUAUUAGAUUAAGAUAGCGGAUAAAAUAUAAUGAGAAAGCAUUCAAAAGCUUUGUUAUUAGAUCUUGAAAAUUCAGAAA